AUGGAGAACCUUACGCCAGAGCAAUGGCGAGAGAUUAUGAACAAGAAGAUGCGCUUCCCGCCGGAGCUGAUCGGAGCCAUACAGGAGGGGAAUGUGGUGCAGGUGAGCGCGCUAGUGACCUCCGGGGACGGAAUCCUCCGGCAACUGGACGACUCUGAGGACCGGCUCUGGAGGGAGGCCCUCAACCUGGCCAUCCGGCUGGGCCACGAGGACACCAUGGGUGCCCUGCUGCAGGGGGUCAAGUUCGACUUCCGCCAGAUCCACGAAGCGCUGCUGGUCGCCGUGGACACCAACCAGCCGCAGGUGGUGCGGCGGCUGCUGGACCGGCUGGACCAGGAGAAGGGCGUGGGCAACAACAAGGUGGACGUGCGCUCCUUCUCGCUGGCCAUCUUCGACCACUCCAUCGACGACUCACAGUUCGCCCCCGGCGUCACCCCUCUCACGCUGGCCUGCCAGAAGGACCUGUACGAGAUCGUCACCAUCCUCACCAAGAAGGGUCACGUCAUCCCGCGCCCGCACGCUAUCUCCUGCACCUGCCUGGAGUGCCGCAACGGGCGGCAGUACGACCUGCUCAAGUUCUCGCUGUCCCGCAUCAACACCUACAGGGGCAUCGCCAGCCGCGCCUACCUGUCCAUCGCCAGCGAGGAUGCCAUGCUCAGCGCCUUCCGCCUCAGCCGAGAGCUCCGCAAGCUCUCCAAGAAGGAGCCGGAGUUCAAGCCCCAGUACCUGUGCUUGGAGCAGCUCUGCCAGGAGUUUGCCGUGGAGCUGCUCGGAAUGUGCCGGAACCAGAGCGAAGUCACCACCAUCCUGAACAACUGCGACGAGGACAGCGAGGAUGAGCUGGAUGAGCAGACCUUCGAGGAGGGCAUUCCAAACCUGGCACGACUCCGCCUGGCUGUCAACUACAACCAGAAACAGUUUGUGACACAUCCUAUCUGCCAGCAAGUGCUGUCCUCCAUCUGGUGUGGCAACCUCUCGGGCUGGAAGGGUGGCAAGACGGCCUGGAAGAUCCUGGUGGCCGUUGGGAUCUUCCUUUCUAUGCCAUUACUCUGCCUCAUUUACUGGAUAGCCCCCAAGUCCAAGAUUGGAAAAACUCUGAAGAUCCCUGUGAUCAAGUUCCUGCUGCACUCGGCCUCCUACAUGUGGUUCCUCAUCACCCUUCUGGGUGAAUCCAUCACCAUGGAGAUCUACCGGAACGAGUUCGCUUCACGCACGCAGAACAUCCUUCACAGCUCCUUCCACAUGGUCUGGGUAGUCGGUUUCUUCUGGUUUGAAUGUAAGGAGGUGUGGAUUGAGGGCCUACAGAGCUACUUUCUUGACUGGUGGAACAUCCUGGACAUGAUGGUGCUGAGCAUGUACCUGGCCUCCUUCACUUUACGUGUGCUGAUCAUGCUCAAGGGCCACUUCCUCUGCCAGGCUCCAGACUCACUAGAAGAGUGCGUCUACUUCACACAGACCGAGAGGCAUGCCUGGUGGCAGGAGGACCCCCAGUUCAUUGCGGAGGUGCUGUUCGCCGUGACCAGCAUGCUAAGCUUCACCCGCCUGGCCUACAUCCUGCCUGCACACGAGUCCCUGGGGACCUUGCAGAUAUCCAUCGGGAAAAUGAUUGAUGACAUGAUGAGGUUCAUGUUCAUCCUGAUGAUCAUAGGAACAGCCUUCCUCUGUGGGGUCAAUAACAUCUAUGUGCCCUACAUUAUCUCUCCACAUCUUGGACAGUUCAAUGAAACCUUCAACUUCCUGUUCUGGACCAUGUUUGGGGUGGCCAACCAGGACUAUGUGGACAUGCCACAGUUUGUGCUGGCCGAGUUUGUCGGCAGGAUCCUCUAUGGGAUCUUCACCCUGGUCAUCGUCAUUGUGCUGCUCAACAUGCUGGUUGCCAUGAUCACCAAUUCAUUCCAGAAGAUCGAGGACGAUGCCGAUGUGGAGUGGAAGUUUGCCCGCUCCAAACUCUACUUGAGCUACUUCCGGGAAGGUCUCACUAUGCCGGCUCCCUUCAACAUCAUCCCCUCUCCAAAGGCCUUGUUCUACCUCUUACGGGGUAUUUUCCGGAAGCUCUGCUGCUGUUGUAACUUCAGUAAAACUCCAGACUAUCCUCCCAUUGCCUCCAUGUCUAAUGUCACAAUGAGUGAUAGCGGGGGUCCCGGGGAAAGCAGAGUGCCGUACCGGCUGCAGGUGAUCAAAGCCCUGGUCCAGCGUUACAUUGAAGCCGCACGACGCGAAUUCGAGGAGGCAAAACGCAAAGACGUGGGGAAUCGGAUCACAGAGCUGAGCAAGGUGGUGGGGAGGCUGCACUCCGAGAUGAAGCAGAUCCACCAGACCCUGCAGUACAGCACCGGCAGCUCCCUGGCCGAGGGCGAGGGCGAUAUCCUGGGGAAGUACAUCAUGGCGGCCAAAAACAACUUCCGAGGCUUCAACAACAGGGCAGAUUCGGGGGCCGGCCACGCCCCCACGUUUCGGCUUGCAUAG